AGAGGACGUGGCCGCGGGGCUUGCUGGGACUUGAGGUUAGACGUCCCGGCCGUCGGUUGCCGCCUACACUGUCUGCCGUCGCGUCGCAGUUACUAAGGCGUGGGGAAGAUAGCGGCAGGCACCGCAGUGGAGCGGCUCCGAGAUCCCCGGGGGGCUCGCAGGCGCGCAUCCCUCCUGACUGGGACGUCGCCUCCGCAGACCCCUCGGAGGCUGAAGCGACGCCGGAGGCAGGCAAAGAAACAAGUGAAGAAACAAAAAAAAAAGGAAGUUAAGGGGCCAUUCUCAAAGUCAAAGAUCAAGCCAAGGACACUGGUUGGUGGUUCAGAAAGGUAACCUCAAGAAGAAGCCCAAGGGUUUGGUUGGAGCACAAGCUGAACGUCGGGAAAGCCUGAAGGCGACUUCUUUUGAGUUCAAGGGGAAGAAAGGGUCUCGGCGGGAAAAUCAGGUGGACCUUCCUGGACGUAUCCUGGACCAGGCUUUUCUGCUGAAGCACCACUGUGUGAGGAAGCCAUCAGAUCUGUGCACCAUUAAUGUGAGUGGCCUGAAGUUCUCCAAGGCCAAGGAAAAUGACUUCAAGCAUUUUCAUUCUGUGAUUUAUAUCAAUGCCUCAGAAAACCUGCUGCCUCUAGAGGCAUUUCACAUGUUUCCAGCCCUAAAGGAACUGGAUCUCGCAUUUAAUGGCAUCAAAACUAUCUACGUGAAAUAUGGAGACUUUAAGUUGUUAGAAUUCUUGGACCUUUCCUUCAACAGCCUGACUGUGGAGGCCAUCUGUGAUUUGGGGAUUCUGCCACACCUCCGUGUCCUGCUCCUCACAGGCAAUGGCCUCACCUCCCUGCCGCCCAAUUUGGCCGUCGCAGAACAGGAGGCAUCUGUAACAUCGCUGACAAGCAAGAGGUACAUCCUGAGGUUCCCAGCGCUGGAGACACUGAUGCUGGAUGACAACAGACUCUCCAACCCCAGUUGCUUUGCCAGCCUGGCUGGGCUCAGGAGACUGAAGAAGUUAAGCUUGGAUGAAAACAGGAUUAUCAGGAUCCCAUACCUACAGCAAGUUCAGCUCUAUGACGAGUCAGUAGACUGGAAUGGAGGCAGGGGAAGUCCCCAUAAAGAGCCCCAAUUCAUGCUGCAGUCCAAGCCAAGGAUGCUUGAGGACUCAGAUGAGCAACUGGAUUAUACUGUACUGCCCAUGAAAAAGGAUGUUGACCGGACAGAUCGCAAAAGAGGAUGCUGUCCUACCAGUAGCUCUCUUCCCAUCUCUCUGCGAGUUCGUCUUUCAUAACAACCCUCUGGUGGCCCAUACACGAGGGGUCCCUCCACUGCUGAAGAGCUUCCUCCAGGAGCGACUGGGAAUCCACUUAAUUCGAAGGAAGAUAGUAAAGCCUAAGCAUCAUGUUUUGAUGUCUCGGAAGGAAUCAUGGAAGGUGAAAAGCAAAAUCCCAAAGGUGCCGAAGCAGCCUCUGGUGCUCCAUCACCCGCGCGUGACGACAACCAAGUCUCCCUCAAAGGAUAUGCUAGAGCCAGAGGCAGAGCUGGCUGAAGAUCUGCCCACUACCAAAAGCACUUCUGUGGAGUCAGAGAUGCCCACUGAGAGCCUGGAAGGCCAUUCCCCAUCUCGCCGGACCUUCGUGCCACUGCCUCCCAUCUGCUCCGACUCCACUGUGCAUAGUGAAGAGACCCUGUCCCACCUGAGUGACACAACUGUCCGCCUCAGCCCAGAGCGCCCAUCAGAUGAGGACUCCAAGAGCACAGAGUCCAUCUUCCUGACCCAGGUGAGUGAACUGCCUUCCUCCGUCAUCCAUAAGGAUGAUUUAGAGUUAAAGGAGAAAGACCAAAAGAAACCACCAACGGCACCCAGAGAGGUGAAAGGGACUCGGAGGAAGCUCCCAACUGCCUUCCUUCCCAGCAAGUACCACGGCUAUGAAGAACUGCUGACAGCCAAGCCUGAUCCAGCCUUCACUGAGCCAAAGGGAAUCCAGAAGAAUGCACAAGCCCUGCAACAAAUGCUGAAGCACCCACUCCUGUGCCACUCCUCCAAGCCCAAGCUGGACACUCUUCAGAAACCCUAUGUUCACAAAGAGAAACGGGUGCUGUCCUGCACCAAUGGACAGAACGGCGGCUGGUGAACCACAAGCAGUACCUGGAGGCCAAGAGGCUGUUGAAGGAGUUCCAGGCACGUUACCGGCAGCUGGUGAGUGGCUCUCUGCGCACAGUGUUCGGGACUACCCCGCUCCCCACGGCCUGCCCAGCGCUGAGUGAGAGCCAGCCCAAGUUCGGCCACUUCCUCGAGUUCAUGGAUGAGUUCUGCCAGGAGCCCACAGCCAGUGACUCACAAGGCUAGAGCUGUGCAUGGGGGCUGUGUGCACCACCCGGCCUGUGCCCCAGCUCUCCCCGAGGGCUCUGUGCCCUGGACCGCACCUCAAGGUUGACCAGCCGGCCACAGGCCUCAGAGCUCAGCUGGGCCCCACUUGCUGGCCACAAGGUGGCAUCCCCUUGUCAGAAUCUCCCCUCCUUGGCCCAGGCAUGACCUGGUGCCUGGCCCAGCGGCAAUAAAGAGUGGGUGCACAGGGCAAUAGACUGGGUGCCACAUGCAUUCUUUCUUGGAACCCAGGCCACAGCAGCAUUGUCACACUUCCCUCUAAAAAUGGUUUUCCAGUUCAGAUGCAACAGGGAUACAUUUGUUCUCUGUUGUAUGAGAAACUGACACCAAGGGGAUCUUAACAAAUUCCUGAACAAUGGCUCCAAAAAAGGGUAUUUUUAAAAACCAGAUCUUGUGAGUACAGCCCUAAUGUGCAGGGACAGUGUCAUCCUGUAUAUUCGUUCUUUACUCAGACUCUUUCUUGGUUCCUUCAUUAGGAGCAUGAAUGGUUGAAUGUGAACAUGACAGUAAAUUGGAGCAAACUGUAAACUGGACAUAACUUAUGCCAAAAGACGUUGUACACCAUGGAAACCCCAUCCCUGCUCCUAAUCUCUACUGCCAUUCUGAAUGCCAAAGCAAGACAUCCAACAUGGGGCAUCUCCCAGAGCACAUACAGCACCAAAAAUCCACACACAGCCUAAGCUUAACCCAUGUUUUUGUCUGAGAUUGUUCACCAGAGACAAGACUCUGACUAGAAACAGAACAUCCACUUUCAUGAGUUUCCUUUACUGUAUUCUCAACUUGGGCCUCGCUUCAAGCAGGCAAACAUACAUAGAAGAAUGCACUUUGGUACUGUUUAAAUAACAACACAUCAGCCCACUUGAUUCCAUGCCAUGUCCUUGCUGACAGAAACAUCCCCAACAGGGCAUGCCCUGGUCCAAGUCCUCUGUCUUUGUCAAAAUGCUCUUCUGAUGAGUUGGAGAGGAGGCAGCCAGCAGUGGCAGUCCACAAGGAUCCAGGUACCUUCUCCAAUCCUAAAGCAGACAGCAGGUUGAAUAAAACCAAUACACAACCUAUUUUCUAGGCAGGAGGGGAAAAGGCCCUUAGGACAAUAAUAUUUGUACAAAGAGUUGAGAGUAAACAAACAGUAUAUCAGGCUCAAAAAAAAAAAAUCUAUUCGUUGGCAUUUAAAUUUUUUUCCCUUGCAUAGUAUCUAUUCUCUCACUAGGACUUUUAAGUGCUCUGCUGGAGGCUCAGUGUUGGUAAUACCAUGUUUGAUGCAAACUUGAACCCAAUGCUCUCAUUGGUGGCACAGCUUUGGAGGGUGGUGGCCCCAAGAAGGGGCAAUCUGCCUGCUGCUAUAUUAAUCUGGAACCAGGGCCAACAGCUACUCUUGAACUAUGGUAUUUGAAGAGCGAGUUCAUUGCCUGUUUUACCUUAAAUGACAGGAAAGGAAGAUGAACAAACCUUGCUUUGCCUUGGCUUCAAACUAGUUCUUGAUUUAAGACACCAGAAAGGGAGAGAGGGAGUCUGCUUAGAGUUUGAGGUUGCCUCUCACAAGAUGACAGUUAAAAGUUGCCACCUUACUUAAAAGGCAUUAAGGAGGCAUUUACUCACAAAGGAGAGAGAGUAAAUUUUUUUCUUAAGAGGAAAAAAAUACUGAUAAUACAUAGAACAAUCUGCACAUCCAGUCUUGGCACUUUUUCCAAUUUGACUAAUCUCUAAACUGGUGACCCUUGCAUAUAUCUUAGUCUCUUUUCUACAAUCUUCUUCAGAAAGCUACAGCAGCUAACAAUCAUGUAUAAAGAUGCAUUUCCUAGAUCAUCUUCAGAAGAAAAUCUCUUCAGCACUUUCCCUAGAAUCUGUCUCCUGACCACCCCGCCCCAGACCUGCUUUCUCUUUUGAGAAUUCAUAACCAGGUAUGUUUAGAUACCAGUUCAAAAGACCACUCUAUGGGUUGAUGAGGAAAAGCCUGCCUGAAAACAAUUUAAGACCAUAAUGAGUUUCCAAUUUUUAAAGAAAAUUUGGCUAGCUGGCUUUUAAUUCUUAAUUAAAAUCAUUAAAUUUAAUUAAAAUUAUUCCAAUCAAAAUAUAUCACUUUCCAAGAUUCCACAUUCAUAUUACUUACUUAUACUAUGGAGACUUUCUCUACCUGAGCAUGUAUUCAGGGGCUAUAGGUACAUUUAACUCUAACUAACUGAAAAAAAUCAGGAAGAAAAAGCUAUUAAAAUAAAAUAACCUCCUAAA